GGCACGCCACCUCCACCAGCCGGCCGGCUCCACCGCCCCCCCCCUCCUCGGCGUCUCCGGUCUUCCACGGCCCCUGGCGGGGAGCGUGGAUUAUCCCCCGACACCUGUGAGCCCAUGCAGCUGGGCAGGGCACGCCUCACCCCGGAGGAGAGAGAGUCACGAGUCAGGGAAGGUCGGUGCAUUUACUGUGGUGCCCCUGGUCACUUCAUGUCUGCCUCCCCGGUCCGCCCAAAAGGCCGGGCUCACCCCUAGUGCCGAGGUUAGUGGUGAGCAAUACUCUAAGUAAGAAUAAAUCCCUGUUGUGGAGGCGGCCUGGUGCGCUAAGAAUCGCAUAUCCCCCGAACCCCUGGAAGUCCCCCUAGUUGUCACCGCACUUGAUGGUCACCGCCUUGCCCACGUCACCCAUUGCACUCCUCCUCUAGAAGUUAUAGUUUCUGGCAAUGACCGCGAACACCUCCGUUUUUUUUAUCCUCUCCACUUCCUCCACUUCGGUGAUCCUGGGGUUCCCUUGGUUCCAGCUCCACAAUCCCCACAUAGACUGGCGGGGGGGUCGGGUGCUGGGCUGGAGCGCCAUGUGCCACGCUGUCUGUUUACAGUCGGCGCUUCCACCGGCGCCUGGCGUGGCCGCUCCAGUCCCGGAUCCCUCCGACCUCAGCUCUGUGCCCCCCGAGUAUCACGACCUCGCACCCGUCUUCUGCAAGCACCGCGCCACGUCACUCCCCCCUCACCGGCCGUACGACUGCUCCAUUGACCUCCUCCCGGGCGCGUCAUUCCCCUCCAGCAAGCUGUACAGCUUGUCGCGGCCCGAGAGGGAGUCAAUGGAGCAGUAUAUCCGAGAGUCUCUCGCCGCGGGUCUCAUCCGGCCCUCUUCUUCUCCUCUGGGGGCCGGGUUCUUCUUCGUGGGGAAGAAGGACGGCUCUCUUCGGCCAUGCAUAGACUUCCGGGGUUUGAACCGCAUCACCGUGCGUAAUAAGUACCCGCCCCCCCUCCUGAAUUCGGCCUUCGAGCUCCUAGGAGCUCGAUAUUUUACUAAACUAGACCUGCGUAACGCAUACCAUCUGGUCCGAAUUCGGGAGGGGGACGAGUGGAAAACGGGGUUUAAUACCCCCCUCGGCCACUUCGAGUAUCUCGUGAUGCCCUUCGGCUUAACCAACGCGCCCGCGGUGUUCCAGCACCUGAUUAAUGACGUCCUCCGGGACUUCCUCAAUCACUUCGUCUUCGUGUACCUUGACGAUAUCCUUGUGUUUUCCCCCACCCUUGAAGCCCACCAGGUCCAUGUCCGCUCUGUUCUCCAGCGGCUCCUGGAGAAUCAGCUGUUUGUGAAAGCUGAGAAGUGCCUCUUCCACUCCACCACCGUCAGCUUCCUGGGGUUCUGUGUGGGUCCAGGACAAAUCCUGGCCGACCCCGAGAAGGUCAAGGCGGUGGUGGAGUGGCCCCGUCCCUCCACCCGGCGCAAGCUCCAACAGUUCCUGGGCUUCGCUAACUUUUACCGGAGGUUCAUCCGGAACUACAGCCAGCUCGCCUCCCCGCUCACCCAGCUCACCUCUCCUGCUAAGCCCUUUCACUGGUCUCCCCCGGCUGAGGCGGCGUUCGUAAAACUAAAAACUCCGCCCCUUACCGCCCCUAUCAUGACCCAGCCUGAUCCCUCUAGACAGUUUAUAGUAGAGGUAGACGCCUCAGACUCCGGGGUGGGGGCCGUCCUGUCCCAGCGCGCCGAGGAGGAGGGCAAGCUCCACCCCUGCGCCUUCUUCUCCCGCCGACUGUCCCCGGCAGAGCGGAACUAUGAUGUGGGGAACAGAGAGCUCCUGGCGGUGAAGCUGGCACUGGAGGAGUGGCGACACUGGCUAAGGGGAGCGGAACAGCCAUUCGUAGUGUGGACAGACCACAAAAAUCUCUCCUACAUCCAGUUCGCCAAGCGGCUCAACUCCCGCCAGGCACGCUGGCAGCUGUUUUUCACCCGUUUUAAUUUCAUAUUGACUUUCAGACCAGGAACCCGCAACGCUAAGCCUGAUGCGCUGUCCCGCCAGCACUCUCCCGACGAGGACAUACCCUCUCCAGCCACUAUCGUGUCGCCCUUCCGGGUGCUCGGGGCCGUUACCUGGGAACUCCAGAGCCAAAUCCAGGAGGGACUCCGCACGGACCCUGACCCAGUUCACAGAGGAAUACCUGCGCCGCAUCCCGCAUAGUAACUGGCCAAGUGUGAUUGUGGUGGCUGAUGGGUCGUGCGGCGAAUCCUGCUCGGUGCUGGGCAUCAGCUCUGACUAUACUGUGGAGUCCUGCCAUGCCUAUGGAGCUAAUGCGACGAUAGAGAGACUAGACCAG